UGAUAAGAAGUAGAACUAUAGAAUCAUUACUUCUUCCUCACUCUCUUUUCUCUCUCUCUCUCUCUCUCUCUCUCUCUCUCUCCAUUUAUAUAUACAAGAAUAAUAAACUCUCCUAGAAGCUGAUAAGGUAUAUAAGCCAGCCAUCAUACCAAUCAUACUGCAUCUCCUUCAUGUUGAAGAAAUUCAUAUUUCUUUUAAUUCUAGCAAAGGAUUUUAUGUGAUAUAUUUCGCUUUUCCUUUUCCUACACUAAACUUUGUCCACCUAGUGCAUCUUCAAUCUUCUUUCUCUCUUUCAACAUGACAGCCAGAUUAUCAGAGAAGCUUUUAAAAUUGAUGGCACAAGCCUAGAUUAUGACUAGCAAUGGGAUGGCCUUCUUCUCAGCAAAUUUCAUGCUACAAGCCCCUCAUGAAGAUGGCAAUCAGCAUUCCUCUUCUCUCAAUCCAAUCCUACCCUCAUGCACACCUCAGGACUUUCAUGCUUCAAAAGGUUGUGUUGAUGCAGGGGUUGCAUCCUUCCUAGGCAAGAGAUCCCUAUCAUUUUCAGGUGUUGAAUUGGGAGAAGAAGGUAAUGGGGAGGAUGAUUUGUCUGAUGAUGGGUCACAGGUAGGGGAGAAAAAGAGGAGGCUUAACAUGGAACAGGUGAAGACACUUGAGAAGAACUUUGAGUUGGGAAACAAGCUUGAGCCAGAGAGGAAAAUGCAGUUGGCUAGGGCUCUAGGUCUGCAGCCAAGACAGAUUGCCAUAUGGUUCCAAAACAGGAGGGCAAGGUGGAAGACCAAGCAGUUGGAGAAAGACUAUGAUCUUCUUAAGAGACAGUUUGAAGCUGUCAAAGCAGACAAUGAUGCACUCCAAGCUCAGAACCAAAAACUUCAAGCAGAGAUAUUGGCACUAAAAAAUAGAGAACCAACAGAAUCUAUCAACCUCAAUAAAGAAACAGAGGGUUCCUGCAGCAACAGAAGCGAGAACAGCUCGGAGAUCAAGCUGGAUAUCUCAAGGACACCAGCCAUCGAUAGCCCUUUAUCCACUCAUCCAACCAGCAGACCAUUCUUUCCAUCUUCUGUUGCUGUUAGGCCUCCGGGGGUGGCUCAGCUCUUCCAAAACUCAUCAAGACCGGAUCACCUCCAAUGCCAGAAGAUGGAUCAAAUGGUCAAAGAAGAAAGCUUGAGCAACAUGUUCUGCGGCAUGGAUGAUCAAUCCGCCUUCUGGCCGUGGUUGGAGCAACAACAUUUCAAUUGAACCCAGAUGAUUGUCGUUAUUGGAUCGAGUAUAAUCUUUUUGAUUUCGCAGUGAAAUCAAGAGGGCAUCAUAUAUUAAUUAAUUAAUUACCUUGUUCUUUUAUGCUUUCAAUUAAACCACGUUUUGCUACUUAGAAUGUAUAAAAGUAAAAUAUAGCAGGUUGAAUUUUCAGGAGGAAUAAAAGGGCCGGUAGUAGUAAUAAUAUA